AUGCGGGGCUUAUUUCGCAUGGCUGUGACCGGAAUGAUCGGCGCGGCAGCUGUGUCUGCCGAUGAUUCGACUGUGAAAUGCGCCAAGGGGUUAAAAAUGUUCGUUUCUCGCGGAACAGGGGAAGAGAUGGGACCCGGCAUCACGAAAGCCGUAGUGGAUCUUAUCGCAGAUCAGAUCGAUGGGUCUGAUAUCCAACCAAUACUGUACCCUGCCACUCUCGAAGACCCUACUUACACCACAUCGGUGAGCAAUGGCACCAGGUUGGUCAGGAAGACCAUCACAGAGUAUGCGAAAGCAUGCCCGGACUCGAAGAUGGCAUGGUUUGGUUAUUCCCAGGGUGCUCAAAUAACUAGCAAUAAUUUCUGCGGAAUGCCCCCAGUCUGGGGUGUGGAACAGAGCGCGGACGCGACUUAUGAUGCUGCCACAUUUAAGGAGCUCUUGGCCUUGUCCCAGCCUCUUUCCAAAGAAAUUACCAAGAACGUGGUCUCAGUCGUGCUGUUUGGAGAUACAACGCAGAGAAGCGAGGCUUCCUACAACCACGGUACAUGGAAUAACACUGGCAACGGCGUAUUCUACCGCUACGACACCAGUGCUUGCAACGCACUAGGAAAUCGCAUUCGGGCAUACUGUGAUGCCGGCGACCCAUUCUGCGACGUGGGUCCAUUCUUUGAUGUUAAUGCUCACCUCCAGUAUAUCCAGAGAUAUGGAAAAGAGGUGGUCCAAUUUGUUGUUGGACAGUACAAGAACGGCACUACCUCAGGGAGUACAGCAAGUGCGACUGCUUCAAGUACAUCGCCGACUCCAACCAACGGCGCCGUCGGAUCUCGCUCGAUGUCAGUAUUCCCAUGA